AUGGACAAUGCAGACCCCGAGAUGAACUUUCGAAAACUGUCCCAGGGUCAAGAGUUGUUACUGGCCAUCCUUCCCAUUCCAUCAGCAAUUCUCAGUAUGUUUGGAAGCGUGAUCAUUAUCACCAUGGCCUUUCAUUCUCGUCAGAAAAAGCCAUGGACACCCUAUCAUGGACUGUUGACGGGCAUGUCGCUGUGCGAUAUUUUAUUUUCCAUCACAUUGGCCGCAGGGAACUUUCUGUAUCCUAAAUCGACCUCCGAUCGCGCCUUGGCCAUGGGGAACGAUGCCACCUGCGAUGCCAUUGGAUUCUUCAACCAAUUUUCAUACUCGGCGUUGUUGUACAAUGCAAUGCUCGGCUAUUACUUCUUGUUGACUACAAAAUACAGAUAUAGCAACAUGGACAUUGCGGCAAAGUUUGAGACUUCCAUGCAUAUGGUUUGUUUGGGAUGGCCACUUCUGACGGCAUUUGCAGGUCUUUUCAUGGAUGUCUAUGGAGAACGUGAAGUAAACAUUGGUUGCUGGGUCCGAAAAGACAUCCCUUACAACUGUGGUAAAGGGCCCGACAAAACUGGAGAACCAUGCAAAUCCUUCCUUUAUGGCAACGUCUUUGGAGGUAUCAUUCUUUUCGUUUGUUUGUGCUCCCUGGUAAUUACAAAUAUUGUCAUCUGGACGUAUGUUCGAAAACAGGUGAAUCACCAUGACCAACGAUUGUCAAGACUCCAAAAGCAACAGACCCCAGCUACAAUAGUCAAUUUCGAGGAAUCGAGUGAAGAAAACGAAAACGCAGCUCCGGCAAGACCGACCAAAGAGCAGAGACUUGCUGAAAUACAGGAGCAACAACACAAGCGACUCAUGUUUUUGAGGUUUCAGGCAAUGCUGUUUGUUGGGGGAUUCGCAUUCUGCAACUUUGCCACUUACUUGCUUCGAAUAUUGGAAUCACGCGCGGAAUCAAAUUUCCAAGUGAAGGAGCUUCCAUAUCGAUUCUUCUUUCUACUUCUGCUCCAAGCAAUUACCUUUCCACUUCAGGGAUUCAUCAAUAUGUUUGUGUACAUGAGACCGACGUACUUGAGCAAUAGAAAGAGCCAUCCAUCCGAGUCCAAGUUAUGGUGUUAUCGUCGUGCCAUUUUGGGUGAUUCCGUGGAGCCAUUGCACAGUGACACCAGACCCAAAAUUCACUCGUUGCCUGUACAGAGCUUUCGAAAAUUGGACAAGAGCAUCAUUGGAAAUAAGAAUGGGACCAACAUUGUAGCGACAAGUACUGGAGACGGCGUCUCGUCCACUGCUUCGGUGCCUCCGGAAGUGGAUCCAAAUCAGGUAAAGGAGGUUGUAUGGACACCUAUUGAACUGGACGAACAAGAUGAUGCUCGAGCGACCAUGGUGAAGAAAUCCUUGGCGCAGAAAAACACUGAUGCAUCUGCAGUUAUGAUGGAUGGGACUAUUCAGUCUACCGGAUACGACCGUCCUCAGUAA